CCAGCCCUUCUUUGUUGCGGCAGCCAAUAGUGGCGUUCAGAAUGUCGGCGGCUGCCAAGUAACAUGGUUACGUGUCAGAGAGUAACACUUGAUAAUGGAACGUGGACUGAGGCGCAAGAGGCAACAGCAGCCCCAGCCUCCCGGAGGGCCCACGGUGCAAUGAAUCCCGCUGCGACCAGAUUCAGACCACAAGAGAACAAACCCAGCAGCACUCACACUGGCUAAUUUUAGCUAAUAACAACUCCUUUGCCUGAUUGCUGUGGCAGCAAGUGAGAUGAAGGCUUCUUUGUUGUGGCAUUGAACUGUAUACACAUUUCCUACUUGGACUGCUCUAGCAAUUCAAACGCAUCAUGACGGGCUCUACUUCCAAUGCCCACCACUGCCCCCAUCCCAAGGGAGCCAAAGGGGGCCGAUCAAGGAGCACUCAUGCUCGGCCUGUCAGCACAGCCAACAACGGGGGCUCGGAAGAAGAAGACAAAGACGGGGGUGUGCUUUUCCUUGUCAAUAAAAGUGGCUUCCCUAUUGAUGGGCAGACUUGGGAGAGAAUGUGGAUGCAUGUGGCAAAGGUGCACCCUGCAGGCAGAGAGAUGGUGGAGACAAUAAGAAAUGCUGCAUACCUGGCUAAACCUUCAGUGCCACCAGUGCCAAACUAUAAGGUCUCCAUGUCUAUCCCAGAAUGGCUUCAAGCAAUACAGAAUUACAUGAAGAUGCUGCAAUACAAUCACACAGGAACUCAGUUCUUUGAAAUUAGGAAAACAAGACCUCUAAGUGGGUUAAUGGAGACGGCAAAAGAAAUGACCAGGGAGUCCUUACCUAUCAAAUGCCUUGAAGCAGUUAUCCUGGGGAUAUACCUGACCAAUGGGCAGCCUUCUGUGGAACGAUUCCCAAUCAGCUUUAAAACCCACUUCUCAGGAAAUUAUUUUCAUCAUGUGGUGCUUGGGCUUUACUGCAAUGGUCGGUAUGGCUCACUGGGCAUGAGCAGACGAUCUGAUCUGAUGGACAAACCUCUGAUGUAUCGAACUCUGACUGAUCUGGUCUUUGAAUUUGAGGAUUCCUAUAAAAAGUAUUUACAUUCAGUCAAAAAAGUAAAAAUUGGAUUAUACGUCCCGCAUGAGCCACACAGCUUUCAGCCCAUUGAGUGGAAGCAGCUGGUCCUCAAUGUAGCCAAGAUGAUGAGGACAGACAUAAGGAAGGAGUUGGAGAAAUAUGCCAGAGAUAUGAGAAUGAAGAUUCUGAAACCAGCAAGUGCCCAUUCUCCAAUCAAAGAGAGAUCACGGGGCAAGUCACUGUCCCCUCGCCGAAGGCAAGGCAGUCCUCAGAGACGUGUGUGCAGAAGAGACAAGUCGCCUGCAGUGAUGGACAAGAAAGUGGGUGAUCUCACUACGUUGAAUGAAGUGGGCUAUCAACUACGCAUCUAACAAAAAGCCAUAGGCCACAGGGAGGGCUUCCAUGGUGCUUCUCACUGCAUGUUACCCUACGGUCCAUUGGAAGGAAGGGGGUAAAAAAAAAAAAAAAAAAAACCAGGACUAUUUAUUAAGAACUUGUGGAUUUAUUUAAAGUGUCACCUAGAAAUUCUAGAAUGAUGGCAGUAUUAUUUUUUUAAAUUCAUUAAGUGGCAUCUAUGAAAAACUAAGUUACCUUCACCAGGGUUUCUUCCCCUCCAUCGAAGAGGAGGAAAUUAAUGUGGUGUUUUUUAAAAUAUAAAUAAUUUUUUCUAACCUAUUUAAUUGGCUUUGAAUAUUGUGCUACAUUGGUAGUAUUAGGAGCGAUGAUGAAAUCAUGUUUGUCAUUAGUGUUAAUGUGCUGGUGUGCAGUAGGUUUAAACAUCAAGUCAGUAUUAAUUUUAUUCAGCAAUAAAAAUAGUAGUGCAGAGGUGGAUGUGACUUUUUAUAGUGUCUAUUACCUCAGUAUACAACAGAUAUGCAAAACUGACAGAAUUUUAAUUUUCUAACCAAUUUGUACUAUUUCCAAGCAUUUAUGGUAGUACUAUAUGGCACAUUAGAUGCACCCCACCAAUCUUAUUCUGUGCAUGCCUAUGAAAAAGUUUAAGGUGUGAGUAUAUGCAAGUGUCUUCUUGAAAGCACUGCUGUCUUAUUAGAGAUGCAGAGAACCGGUCGAGGUUUCUGUUGGUUUUUUUUUAAUAACUGACCAACAAUGAAUUUUUAAAAUUUCUCAAUUUUUUAAAACUUUGUCACGAGCUUUUAAACUUUGCAGACUACAGUGUUAAAGCACAAGACCUGGGGAGCGUUGUUUUGUAAACACUAGCAUUUGCUGUAAUACAAGUCAAAAUGUUGGUACAUUUUCAGAUAUACAAGGCAAUGUCAAAAUGAGCAGGCUUCCUUGAAAGUGUACUUUUCUGUCCAUGUUUUGUGCAACUUCGAAUCAUUUGUCUCUGAGGUUAAACAGUUUAAGGAGGCGAUGCUUUCAUGUCUUAUAUUAAGAUCGUACAUCACAACUUAGAGAAGGUUCUUUAUAUACAUUAUGUUAACCUUUGCAAAGAUUUGGAUGAAGAAAUUCUUGUUUGAGUUAAAUGCAGCAAUAAUAAUUGUUGUUAAACAAAUAUCUGAAAAUCAAGUUUGUCCAUCUUCUCCUCCCUCAUGGUGUCCUUUUACUGAUGAAUUCAACUAGUACUAAGGAUGAUUGGCAGGAUUUUCACACCUAGGCUACAUCUAGACACAAGUUUCUUGUGCAAAAAGCUUUUUUCGGAAGAGAUCUUCCAAAAAAACUUCUUGCACAAGAGAGCAUCCACACUGUAAAACACAUCGAAAAAGUGAUGCGCUUUUUCGAAAGAGAGCAUCCAGGCAGUCUGGACGCUAUCUCUCAUGUAAGCAGUGAUUGCUAUGGAUAGAAUGGCCACCAGGGCACCUGUGCUUUUUCCUUUUCCCUCUUCUUCCGAAAAAACUCCUCCCUCCCCAUCCACACAUGCCUUUUUCCGAAAGAGCUCUUUUGCAGAAAGGCUUUUCCUCAUAGAAUGAGGAUUAUAAAUUGCGCAAAAAUCUGUCGAAAGAACGUGCUUGCAGUAUGGACAUAACUCAAGUUGUGUCAGAAAAACGGCCGUUUUUCCGACAAAACUCUGUAGUCUACACAUAGCCCUACUCAGCUUCUUCUUAG